UUUGCAUCGCGCCAGCAGCCAUCUACACCUAGCUAGGGAGUUUUCUUGUGUUAAACCAUCUCCCACCCGAGUUUUGUGUUUCGAGGCAGGCUGUUCUCUCCCGCUUCGUGGAGCUACAGCGGCGGAACGGGAAGAGCAGCAGUCAUGGUAGAUGACCGAGAUUCUCGCGUGUCCAGCAAGGGCCGCAAGCGUUCCCGGGUUGCUCUCGAUGGCGGUGGUGGUGAUGGCGGUGCCGUGGAUUCAACACACCAACAACACGAGGAGAAGCAUGGCUAUGAGAGCGAGGGGGAGGAGGGCGAAGAAGAGGCGCGCAUCCGAGCGCUGGUGUUCGGCAAGGGAGAGAGCGGCCUGCUCAGGUCGUUCGGCGAGGAAUCCGGCGCGAAGGAGGCCACCGGGGCUAGAGAGGCCGAGUUCGUGGGCGGUUUUUAUGAAGAUGUAGAAGGUGAUGCCGAUUUCGAUGGUGCUGGUGCUGGUGCGGACGGGGCGGCCAUCGUUACAGGCGGCGGGAAAAAGAGCGGCGCACCGGCCUGGAUCGACGAGGACGAUGCCCGCUUGAAGGUGGACGUGACGGCUAAGAACCGCCUCAAGAAGCUCCGGAACAACCACCACGAGGCGGACCUCGCAGGGCCCGAGUUUGAGCAGCGGCUGCGCUCGAGGUUCUCGAGCUCCAACAUGACGGCCGACUGGGUCAAGUCCGCCGCGGCGGCGGCGGCGGCGGCCAAGAGCAAGAAGGUUUCGACUAAGAGGAAUGGUGCCCAGGGCAGGGACCCUUCUUCGGGCGCUGAGGAAGAAGACGACGACGACGACGACGAUGAAAGCGACGCGUUUCUGAGAAACAGUGCGGCGCUAAAGGGGGGAAGGGGCGGCGUGCUCGAGCCGGGGUACCUCAACAUUGUCAGGCGAGUGUGCAAGGACGCCAACCAGCACGAUCCAGCCAAGGCCACCGUGCGUGCGGUGAGCUUUCAUCCGACGGGAGAGCUGCUGCUAGCGGGCGGCUUCGACAAGACCCUCCGGCUCUUCCAGGUGGACGGCGUGCGCAACGCGAAGGUUCACAGCAUUUUUUUCGAGGACCUCCCGAUCACAAGCGCCGCCUUCACCGGGGCAGAGCAGGCAAUCGUCACGGGCAGGCGGUCCUUCUUCUACUCGUACGACGUGGCCACCGGCAAGGUGCUGAAAAUUCCCAGAGUUUUCUCCUCCGGAAGGACGGAGAAGCACCUGGAGACCUUCGCAGCGUCUCCCGACGGACAGUGGCUGGCUUUCAUCGGAAGCGGAGGGUACGUUCUCCUGCUGUCGAGCAAGACCAAGCAGUGGGCGGCAGACUUCAAGCUCAACUCUACCGCCACGGCGGUGACCUUCUCCCCGGACAGCCGGUACGUGCUGGCCUCGGGCGCGGACGCGGACGUUUACAAGUUCGACAUCCGCUCCCGGCGGUGCGUCCUCCGCUUCUUCAACGAAGGCGGUACAUGCACGAGCAGCCUAGCGGUUAAGGGACCGACCUCCUCGUCGCCGCAGCGGCUCACGGCCGUGGGUAGCGAUAGCGGAGUGGUGAACGUCUACAACGACGACGCUCUGGAGACCGGCAAGAGGAUUCUUCGGCCAUCGCCGCUGAAGGCAGUGAUGAGCCUGACGACACCGGUGACCACGACAUUGUUCAGCCCGGAUGGACAGAUGCUGGCAAUCGCGUCCAACCAGAAGCGGGAUGCGCUCAAGGUUGUUCACUCUGCGUCGUGCACACCGUUCACGAACUGGCCCACGGAGAGGACGCCCGUCCGGUACCCCUUCGCGCUAGACUUCUCCCCCGGGGGCGGGUUUCUUGCUGUCGGGAACGACCGCGGUUGCGUGCUGCUCUACCGCAUCCGCCACUACCCGCAAGCGUGAUUUAUUGGUAUUUUCCGUCAUGCUAGGCUAGAGGAAGGGGUGGUUUUUGUUUACUUGUGUGGGUUCGUCCGCCCUCUUGAUUGUCUGUACUCUACCCACGAAGUGCCGUCACCCCUUUGUUGUUGGGAUAUAGCAUACGCGGCACUGCCAACCUGAUGGUGUUCACUGUUCGUGCAUGGAAUGAAUGCAUUCGCACUCGAUGGGCGUCGACCAUUAAACAAGAAAAAAAGGCAUGCGUAUUUACGGCGCCGAACGACUUUGUUCUGAGUGCUGCAGGAAAGAGAGACUAACGUUGUCCUGUGUGGGCUUCACGGACGAGUAUAACUUUUGUCAGGGUUGAAGUUGUGGGGUUGGGACAGAAGGAAAGGGCGCUGAGGAGAGUCUUCCCUCACGCGAAACGUAAGUGUAGCUGAAACGAUUCAGGUUGGUUGGAGACGUCCUCCGGACUAUGCGCGAUGGCUAUACACGAGAGCGUGUGCACGCUCUGACCAUGCGGCAAUCUGGUCCUGAGACGUGUUUCGUUUCUCGGGAGGGCAGAGGGAGGGGUGUCAAAGCGGCGGAAUUUGGGGCCAAAAAAACGUCCGGUCCAUUCGGCAAAAUUUGAGGGGGGCACGCGGAUUUGGUUCUAUUUUUGGUUCUUGAGAAUCCCGCUGUCAAUACUGAAUAAACUAUAAAUCAAGUCAAUUUGGUUGUGCAGGCAGCUCUGCGUCCAGACAGCAGCAUGGCUCUUCAUGCGUUACACAACUUGGACACAGGUCCACUAGAGGUGACUGUAGGGUCGGUUUUCUCUUCAAGUUAAAGGGCGGACGAACAACACCAAAAAACAUGUUUUUUUGGGCUCGUUGCCCCACGCCCAAGGCGACCUUUGCUCUUCUCGUGAAAGCGACCAUACAGCCCUCUACCUUGGGUUUACAGCUAUACCACACAACAAACCGCAUCCAAAUUGCAUCAGCCAACCACGAGAUCUACAUGUCUGAAAACGGCCCCUCCAGUGGGGCUGCAGCGCCCACACCAGCAGACCCUCCCGAAAAAAAAAUCGAGGUCCGCGCCGUUCGGCAGCAGGAGGUGCGCUGCGCGAAAGCUGAAUCAAAACAACAUAAAGUUUGAAGAGAGGACGGGGCAGUGUAUGGUUGCCGCGUCAGCGGAAGAUAACACGCGGCACGCUAUCAAACGCGGCAGCCUCACCGUCGUAGAGAGAACGCUGGAGGAAACGAAGGAGGAGUUGGUCAAAAGUAUGAAAGUUGUGGAAGAGAGCCAGACUCAACCUCGCUGCCGCCGC